AUGAUCCUCGUUCGGUUCAGUUUCUUAUACCGUUUCCACUCGUACCGUAGAAACUUGCUACGAACGUACGUAGGAAACACCUCUUGGGUUCCGUGAUAAAACUUUACUUGUCACAGUUUCACGCUUCAUCUAUUUUUACCAGUGAUAAUAAUUGGCUACCUAGGCAUCGUGACGUUGAAAAGAUAGCGUUAUACGUUUCUAUAUCGCGAAAGAAAACGUGUAUGCGAUUAAAUUCAGACCCUCGAACUUGCCAACUUUGCUCUCUUUAACUCGUUCGUUUGAUUAAGCUAUUACAUACGGUACUAUGUACGUGUACGAACGUUCGAUUCGUAGAUUCGUUUAUCGGAAGAAGAUGACGUAAAUAAUGUGAAAUUAUAUCGCGUUACUGCUAAAUUCGUCGUUUGUCCGGAAAAUUUCUCGAAAGUUUCGGAUAGCGAGAAAAAUAGAUGGUUCGAAGCAUCGAUUCGUCGUGAACCGAUGGCCUGCUGCAGAGUCGAAGAAUACGACGCGUUUAACGUUUCGAACUUCAAACAGAUCGCACUUCGACUUUCGUCUUCCGCGUGAUGCGACAUCGUCCCUUCGACAACCGAACCAAUCAAGCGACGAGCUCAUCAGCCAACGACGAAACUCGCUUUUCCUCUUUCUCCUUCUUCCGUUUCCUUUUUCUUCUCGACCCUUUCUUUAAAGCAGCUGUUUCCUUCGCCUCUCCGAUUCUUCGUCGACCAAAAGUUCCUCCGCUAGAUCUCGUUUCCCCGGCAACAGUCUUUUACGCUUUCGUUCGUAUUAAGCCCGGACCGAUGUUUAAACCAUGAGUUGGUCCGCCGUCUGCCGUCCGCCGUCCGCCGUUCGCCGUUCGUCGCGUCAUUCCAUCGGCAACGCCAGCCAAAUAGCAUCGUCGGUGAUUUUGUCUUCGGGCUGACCACGUUUCUCAUUUCUCAACGUCCGAAGCAUUCCUUCACACGCCACGGAACAUCACCCAUAGCGUGUGCGUCCGCCCCGUUCCUCGCCUUAUCAUUUUUUACAAUUUACACCACUGUGUCUCUCAGUCUCGUGAUUUAAUUCUCCCUUCUUCCCUUUUCGUUUCUUUUCUUUCGUUUCGUUACCGUCGUCGAUCGUACGAAGGGACGAGAAGUUGCGUAGAAAGAACGGAACGCUGACUGUCAUAGCCAGGUGGACAAGAGUUCCGGAAGCAACAAUUCGAUCGAUCGAGUCUGCUCGUGCAAAUUGAUAAAAAGCGGUGGACGGGAACAGGGACGCUCCUUUUCUUCUUUCCAACUUUUAAAGCACGACAGGGGUCUCGCUGAACGCAAAAUGAACGGAGUACAAAACAGGCAGACUCGAAAGAACGAAGAAAGAGACGAAAGAACCGGCGGACACUGGAGAAACGGCAUUGUCUUCCAACUGCUAGUCGAUUUCCACGUAGCGAACUGGUGGCCGCUUGGAACCAGAAGAUCGCACAUUUUCCAACAAAGAAUUCCCAAAUUUUCAAUUACUCGUUCCAGUUUCAUAAUAAUAAUAAUUACGAUGAUAAUAAUCGCGAGAUUAAGACUUAACGUGUGGUUGAAUUUCAAAGUUACGUGGUUUACCAGCGUUUGAUGAAUUUGUGCAAGAAAAUCAGACAUCGUACGAUGAGUGUCGUAAAUUCAUCGAUUUAAUGAUAAUAUUUUCUAAGAAAUUAUUAUUGUUCUCUGAGAGGGGACGAAGAAAGGAUGUAGUUUUUGUUAGUUGAGUGAUUAUACUAUUAGCAACGCGCCGAUAUAACGUUGCCACUUCUCUUUCUUCGUCGAUCGCGUUAUGCGAUCGAACGAAAAACCGAGAACAACGAAAGACGAGAUACAGAACGAAUCGAUCGUCGAGCGAGUACAGGCGUCGAAAUAUAAGACCGUGUACGCGAUAACGAAUCAUCGAUAUCGAGAAAAGAAAGGGCGACAUUUCCCGUGCAGCCAAAUUUUACUUCAGUGAUUGAGAAAUAAAUUACGAUUUCUACAAAUUCGAACGAACGAAGAACAACUGGCAGAUGUGUUUUUGUGUCUGUCGAGGAUCCUUGAAAUUUCUGACUAAAGCGAAGAGUACGAUGCUCGACAAGAGAAAAGUAAUGCGAUAGCAAGAACGAUGGAAAACUCUGUACGAUUACCAAUCGGCUAUACCACGUACGCGUUACCAGCCUGUGACAACCUGACCGACUUCGCCGAUCACUCUCGUGGUGUCAACCACACCCCUCACGCUCGGCUAUGGCGCAACAUAAGCGAGUUCGCCCAACUAAUUUCCACCGGCGUGCUGAACAACGUCACUUGCCUGAAUCACGCUCCACAGCUGACUAGAGUGGCCGUGGUGAAAGUGAUCGUGCUCUCCGUGAUCGCGAUCCUCAGCUUCGUGGCGAACGUCGCGACUAUCUACUCUAUCGCGAUAAAUCGACGAAAGCAACACGCUUGGUCGGCAAUUUACACGUUGAUCCUGCAUCUAACAGUGGCCGAUCUGUUGGUCACGGUGUUCUGCAUGGUAGGGGACGCGGUGUGGAGCUACACCGUGGCUUGGAUCUUCGGCAACGUCGCCUGCAAGUUGCUCAAAUUCGCACAAGUGUUCAGCUUGUAUCUAAGCACCUUUAUACUGGUGCUGAUCGGAGUGGACAGGUUCUUUGCUAUACGAUACCCGAUGAAAGGCAUGAAUACCGCUGACAGGUGUCUCAAGUUUGUCGUUCUGGCGUGGAUACUGUCCUUUAUAUUCGCAUCGCCUCAGAUUAUCAUAUUCCAUGUAGUUCAAGGACCGUUCAUCGAAGAUUUCAAACAAUGCGUGACCUACGGAUUUUACACGGAACCUUGGCAGGAACAACUUUACGGUUCUUUCACUUUAUUUUUCAUGUUCCUUCUUCCUCUAGCUAUACUCGUUGCUACCUACGUUUCCACCGUAAUCACGAUCUCUCGAAGCGAAAGGAUAUUUAAAUUGAAGCUAACUAAUAACGAUAUACGUCACGUAAAUGGGAAUAUAAACCGAAGAAAAUUAAUGCAUCGAGCAAAGGCCAAAUCACUGAGAAUCAGCAUCGUUAUUAUAACUGCUUUCAUCAUCUGGUGGACACCGUAUUAUACAAUGAUGAUCAUUUUUAUGUUCCUUGAUCCUGACAAACACCUCAGUAAAGAAUUACGAAACGUAAUCUUUUUCUUCGGCAUGACCAACAGUUUGGUAAAUCCUUUGAUAUAUGGCGCGUUUCAUCUGUGGCCGCGAAGGAAACGUUCCAUUCGCAGAGAAUUGUCUACCACGCAACGCAGACUUACGCCAACCAGCUGUGAAGGUAACGGCAAACGAGAACCACGGGAAACACGAACACCAUUUAUACCGAAAAAUAAUUGAAAUACUAAUAUCUGAUCAGAGUUAACGAAAAGAUUAAAUACAACAAAUUCAGUCGUAUUCUUCUGUUGGACAGUUCAACGUUUUUAUAUUUUUUGCGUGCAUACGUCGAUGAUCAACGGUAAUCGCUAAAAUUCAUACUUAAAUUUUAUCGUUAUAUCUAGUCCUUAGUCUUAAGUACAUAUUAAUUAAGAUUACGCUGCAUCUGUCGCCAUUGUAUACGAAACGUCGAGUAUCCAAAUGUGAAUUAAGUGUUUGAAAAUAACAAUAAUGAAAUAACAGUACAAGAACUAAGUAUAAGCAGUAAUAUAAUAUAAUUGAUGUACACAAACAAUAUUUACAUAUAUGAUAGUAUUAUAAAUAAAAAAGAUUCACGUUAUAAA